AGAGUGUCACGUUCGCAGCGUGGAAUACACAGAAUGCCACUGAUCCAGAUAAGUUCAACCAGGUCUUAAGUGAUAUGAUGAAUGACAUAGCAAGUCAGGCUGCAAAUGAUCGGUCAGGGAAGAAAUUCGCUGUCAAAGAAGCUGAUUAUUCCACAUUUCAGAGAUUAUACGCCCUUGGACAGUGUACUCCAGAUCUUUCCAGUCUUGACUGCGAGAAUUGCCUUAGAAACGCCAUUUCUCAAAUACCCACAUUCUGUAAUAAUCGUCGGGGCUGUAGAAUUACUUUUUUUAACUGCAAUAUUAGGUAUGAACUCUACAAGUUUUACAAUUCUGUAAGCCCAGCACCCGAGCCUGCAUCGAGUUCUUCUUCUCCUCCUCCUUCUCCACCUCCUCCUUCCAAUUCUACUAGUAGUGAAGAGGGGGGCGGAAUCUCAACACAAACAAUUGUUGCAAUUGUUGUCCCAAUAUCUCUUGCCAUUGUGCUAUUGGUCGUGGGCUUCUGCAUAGCAAGGAGAUCCAAGAAGACAUAUGUCUGUACCAUUUUUUCUGUAGGUGCAAGUGAAAUCUCAAUAACAGAAUCGUUACAAUAUAACCUCAGUGAUAUUCAAGCCGCCACAAACAACUUUGCUGAUCAAAACAGAAUUGGAGAAGGUGGAUUUGGACCUGUAUACAAGGGUACACUUCAUAAUGGACAAGAGAUAGCUGUGAAAAGGCUAUCAGGAAGCUCAGCUCAAGGUACAGAAGAAUUUAAAAACGAAAUUGCCCUGGUUGCUAGGCUUCAACACAGAAACUUGGUCCGACUACUUGGUUUCUGCUUGGAAGGAGAAGAAAGAAUACUCAUCUAUGAAUUUGUGACCAACAAAAGCCUUGACUACUUUCUCUUUGACCCAGAAAAGCAACCAUUGUUGGAUUGGUCAAGACGAUACAAGAUCAUAGGAGGAAUAGCAAGAGGACUUCUUUAUCUUCAUGAAGAUUCUCGACUUAGGAUUAUACAUCGUGAUCUUAAAGCCAGUAACAUAUUACUAGACAGAAAUAUGAAUCCAAAGAUCGCUGAUUUUGGCAUGGCAAGGCUAUUUGGAGUUGAUCAAUCUGAAGGAAAUACAAGUAAAAUCGCAGGGACAUAUGGUUACAUGGCUCCUGAGUACGCAUUGCACGGCUUAUUCUCUGUAAAAUCAGAUGUGUUUAGUUUUGGUGUUCUAGUUUUAGAAAUUCUAAGUGGCAAGAAGAACAGUCAGUUCAACCAAGCUCAUGGAGGAGAUGACCUUCUAAGCUAUGCUUGGAGACAAUGGAGGGAUGGAACACCAUUAGCAUUGGUAGAUCCAACAAUCGGAGAUACACAUUCAAGAAAUGAAGUUAUUCAAAGCAUCCAUGUCGGCUUGCUAUGCGUUCAAGACGAAAUUGAACAAAGGCCAACCAUGGCUUCAAUAGUUCUCAUGCUCAAUAGUAAUUCUAUAACAUUGCCUGCACCUAAUCCGCCUGCAUAUUUUGGUCGUAGUAGAACACAAAGCUCACCUAACGAUUUACAAGUAUCUGAUACAUCUACCGGCACCAAGUCUCCAUCAAACCCGUCUAUCAACGAAGUUUCAAUCACUGAAUUAUAUCCCAGAUGAACAACAGC